UAAUACUUUUUUAUAUUGACAAAUUCUCACUUUUAGUUGAGUAAAAAUACAUACUUUUACUUUAGAGCAAGUUUGGCUGUAGUACCCAGAUCUGGUCUUACACAACAAAAUAACAGCAAAAUAAACAAAUAAAUAAAUGAGAUCAACAUAAUAAGCUAAAUAACCCAGGACAAAUUAAGUAUUUGCUCUAGUACAGUCAGAGUAAAGCUACCCUAUUUCUAACAGAAUUUAUUAACAUAAGCACGAUGUAUAAAGUUUGAAAUUGAAAAAUAUCAGAGUAGUAGACAAUGUUUUCGGUACAAAGCUGUUUUUACCCUUUGCUUUACAGUGUAAAAUUAUAUUUUUUGAGUAAAAACAAUGAAAUAAAAAUGUAUAAUAUGUCAAAAAUGGGGAUAAACACAUACAUCACUCAAAAAUGCUGUUUUUGUUCAUGGCUGAGAGACGUGCUACCAUCCCCCACCUCAAAUCAGGCAAGUGGUUUCACCACAUACGUCAGGAAGUCAGGUGUGCAACAUGUAUCUUCACCCAACAAUGCAGGAACAAACUUUACCACUUCCUAAGCACAAGUUAGAGCCAUUUCUCUGUAUUGUAGAGGUAAAAACAGGAUGGAAAAUUUUUCUAUGUAGAAUAAAAACACACAAAAAAAAAUCUGAGUGGAAAUUUGUAUGAUAUGAAACCUUGACUUUGGUUUUCAGACUCUUCCAACAUACAGACAUCAGGUAAAAAAUAUAAACUUCUGGUGCUGCAGCUCCUCUCUCAGACUGCCCCAGGGCAGCUGUGGCUACAGGGUAGUGCACCUUGGCACCAUGUGUGUGUGAAUGGGUGAAUGGGUGAAUGGCUGAAUGUGGUGCAAAGCGCUUCAGGGUCUUGUUGAAAUGGACAUAUACAGGCCAUUUACCAUAUUACGUUUGUAUAAAGUUGACAUUUUUUUCUAAGUUAGCCAUUUCUUCUGGAACUAUGAUUUAUGCUCUUGAACUAUUUUUAUGAUAUAUUACUCUUAACUCGACACUUUCCUUGCCAUAAUUAGCAACAAUAAAAUCAAACCUGUCAAACUACAGCUCAUCGUGUCCUGCUGCUUUCACUCAGUAUCACGACUGACUCACCAGCAGCUGCUGGCUUAUUUGUGAUUCACAAUGUUGCUGAUCUGUAGGUGCAUCAGAUUUUGUGAUUCAUGGAAUUUGUAUUGUUCAGGUUUGAAUCCAGUUCUCCUCCUCAAGCAUAAGAAUAAGUUCUGCUACCCGCCUCUGUAACUUCAUCAAACUGAAUGUUCCCUACAGUUUAGGAGCAGAAUGGAUGAGAUACAAAAGCAUAAACAGAGGAGGCCAUCUGUGCUGCGUCACGUUCCACAAGCAGCUUCCAGACAACAACAUGACAGCAGUGGAUCUGGUUCUCUCUGCAAAGAGGAGGUGGAUACAGAGCAUCUUUCCUGGUCRAAUUCCUCUCUGAUGCUGCCAAACCCAAACCUUUAUCUGUUGUCACCGAGUGGAGACAAUCCGAAGCAACCUUCAGUCAAGAUCGGACUGAGCAACGGGAUGCCAGAAGGGAUGAGUGCUCUGUUUGUGAGCGGUCUGUGCCGCUGGCCAGGCUGCGGAGUCGUAUCGGAAAAUUUCUCCACUUUCUUAAARCACCUCCACUCUGAACACAGACACAAUGACAAAAGCAUCGCUCAGUGGAGGGUGCAGCAGGACAUCGUCCAGUACAUGGAGCGUCAGCUUGUCCUGGAAAAACAAAAACUUCUCGCAAUGCAACUUCAUCUUUCAGAGAACAACUACUCUAACCUGGCUCAGGUAAUUAACGAAGACAGAAUCCAACUGGGGGAACUAAAAAAUCCAAGUCAGACAUUCCAACGUGACUGGGCAGUUAAAGCCUCCACACACCUCCUGCCAGAUUUGUUUCCAGGCAUUGAAUGCUACAAAUACAACAACAUCAGGCCUCCGUACACCUACGCUUACCUGAUAAGAUGGUCUAUCUUGGAAUCUCCAGACAAACAGAGGACUCUAAAUGAGAUUUACAACUGGUUUACCACCAUGUUCUUCUACUUCAGACACAACACAGCAACGUGGAAGAAUGCAAUACGUCACAAUCUCAGCCUUCACAAGUGCUUUGUGCGAGUGGAAGGAGAGAAGGGAGCUGUGUGGACAGUGGAUGAAACAGAGUACCAGAGGAGGAAGGGGCAAAAAUAUCACCGAGACUGCCCAGUGAAGUGGAUGACUUCUUACUCCCAUUUCUGUUCAGAGGAGCCGACAGCAGCAGACAGCAGCACAGUGUCUCUCCUGUUGUCUAGAUGUUGAAGUCUGGUCCAAACUAUACAUUUUUGAAUUCAAAGUCAUUGCUUUUAUACAUGUUUUAUUUUAUUUUCUUAUUGUUUGUUGGCCUGACCAUAUGUGUUAUGUUUUAAUAUAUCUGAUUAAUGGUUGGUGGUUGUAUUAACUAAGAUCACUUAUUACACAAACUGAAUUCUAAUUGUCCUUUUUUUUUACACCAGUAAAAGAUUAGAGAAACAAAAUGAAGCCCUUACUUUUUAUAUUGCCAUGAAUUACAAAGAACCUUUACUUUACAAAAAAUGAAAUGAGCCACAAUCGCAUUUAGUAAGACAACUUACUGUUACAGGAAGAUUUCUCAUCUACUGUCAUCGGUGGCCAUGCUAACCAGCCAUG